AUGAAGACAGGAAGGGAAGUAUUCUCAAGAGGUUUCACUUCUCUGCAAUUCUUCAACAUUUUCUGCUUUUUGCUGGCACUGCCAGUGUCAGUACAGGGAGUGAAUAUAACAGCAGAAGAGCUCACUACGCACGGCAUUGUGGGUGGAUCCAUCUUACUUUCUAUACAUUACACAACUAGCAGCUCAGAGACUCCAGUCAUCCAGUGGCAGUUGAAGAGGGACAAGCCCAUCCCUUUGAUCCAGUCCUUUGGCACACGCAUCCUGGGCAAGCUACGGCCAGAAUACAAGGAUCGGAUUAUGAUCUUCCGCAACGGAUCCCUGUGGAUCCACAACUUGCAGCCAACCGAUGAGGGAAUGUAUGAAGUCGAGAUCGCAAUCACAGAUGAUGCCUCCACUGCAGUGAAGACACUCAAUUUAACUGUUGAUGUCCCUGUGACGAAGCCUGUGGUGGUGCUAUCAUCCUCUACUGUCCUGGAAUUGAGUGAAUAUGUCACACUGAACUGCUCACAUGAAAAUGGAACCAAACCGAUAUAUACAUGGAUGAAAGGAGGGAAGCCCCUAGAUGAUGAUGAAAGAUUCUCUUUGUCCAGUGAUCAGAAAACUCUGACCAUCACACGGGUCCACAUAACCGAUGAUGACCUUUACAGCUGUAUGGUGGAGAACCCUAUCAGCAGCUCUCGAAGCACACCAGUCAAGCUGACUGUAUACAGGCGGAGUUCUUUAUAUAUCAUCCUCUCUACAGGCGGGAUUUUCCUUCUAGUUACCUUGGUAACUGUGUGUGCCUGCUGGAAACCUUCCAAAAAAAAUAAAGGUCAAGGACAGAAAGGAACAUCUUCAGGUUCUGUGGAACGAAAUGAGGAUCAGGAUAAACGUGAAGGUAAUGUAUCCCAAUUGCUACCAAAAGCAGUGGACCAUGAACGGGAACGCAAGAACCCAACGGGAUUGUACGUCAUCAGAGAAAAGGAUUCUCCAGAUGCUGAGGAAGAUUCCCUAAGUGUUUCCAAGAAUGCAGCUGAGCAAGCUGGAUUCAUAGUUUCCUCUGGACCUCCUACUAGAUCACCAAGACCAGCUGGUCGAUCACCCAGACGAUACAACAGGUCUCCUGUCCGAUCCCCUGGCUCUACCAGAUCACACAAGUCUCCAAGUAGAUCAUCCAGCUCCCCUGUGCAUCAAAGGAGUGCUAACCGCAUUAUCCGACCAGCAGGAGUCCACAUGAUCAUGGAGCAAGAUGAAGCUAGUAUGGAAGAAAAUUAACGCUUAAACGACCCUGUAACUUUUCCAUGGACAUAAAAGAUACUGUAGGUGCAGAAGUAUCAGUAUCAAAUCCUGGAAUAUAUCCAGGGUUCUGACCUCCUGCUUUUUCUGAAUAUACCUAUCAUAGAGUAUUAUAACCCUCUUUCCCUUAACCAGAGUUUACCACAGCAACCUUAGCUCCUAGAAUGCAAACCAGGGUCAGACCCCUAACAACAAGUACAUAAAAUGUGCCUAAAUGCAUCCCAUUUCGGUCAUUGACAUGUUGGGGAGGGCUUUUUAAUUCCUUAGUUUUGGAUAUCACAUGGAAGUGCCACAAAUUAAUUUUAGCAAUGUAAUCGUAAGAAUAUAAGACUUUCCUGGAUGCUCCCAGUGGCCCAGUGGAUAAGUAUUCCAUCAGGCAUAGACCAUGUGUAACAGAAAGGUCCCAUUCUUGGUACUGAGCAGCUCUCAACUGCAGUGACUUUGAAUGGACACAGCAGUUGGUCUUGGUUUCCUAGAGUUGAUUGGAGUAAAGGGGAAUUGGGUUUUCAUAGCUAACCCGUUACCCUGUUAAAAACAAAAUGGUGCAUGUCAGCCUAAACUGAACUCAGUUUUGAUGCCUCAGUAUGUCAGCUCAUGCAUGAAACUGGCCACUUUAGCAAGGUACUGGAAAUAUGCAUAAACUGUGCCCUGGGACUGAAGGUAUAUGAUAAACAAUGUUUCCUGGAUAGUUGCACUCACACCUUCUGGAGGUCGAGAUCCAAAACUUCAGUCAACAGAGCAGAGGUCAGAGUAACUCCUGCUACUUAGUAACUGAGAACGAUGCAAUCCACUGGAGCCAAUGCUCUCUUUGAGGUCAGGAUGGCUCAACCGGGAUUGGUCCUUCAAAUCAGGGCUAUCACAGCGAUUUCAACAAGGCAGGUCACCCUUAUGCAAAGGGAAAUCUCUACUUAAUCAGGUACAAAAAGACAAUAGAGUAGAAAGCAGGUGGGGACGCAAACAGUCUUUGAUGGGUUGUGUUUGGUUAAUUAGGAGGGAGUCAAUCAGUAGGAACUAGUUAGAUUCAAACCCAUCAAUAACUCAGUUAAUUUAAUCCAACCAAGAGAAGGGACACUUGACAGGACGCCUUUGAUGUGGAAUUUUACGUUUCUGGCAUGAACAGGACGUGUAAUUCAUUAUUUUGUAAAUAUAAAACAAUAGAAGCAUGCGUUAAACAUUAGGUCGAUUUCUGGGAAUUAGUCACUGCUGAUGGUAACCUCUGGUCACUGUCCUGUAAUUCCCUCAUCAAUAAAGUGAAAACACAUAAAAUGAAUAUGGGAGUUGCACUGUGAUGUUUCCUGUAGUCAAACAGUCAUCUCCCACAUGAAGAAUGUCCAUUUUGGUGAGGAACUGCAGAGCUGCUGGAGCUUGGCCCUUUUUUGCCUGUCCAGGAGAGGAAGAGAGACAAUCAUUCAGAAACAUUUUGCCUGGAUAGUUCUCAGUCCCAGUAGUGGCUGGUACCAUUAAUUAUUCAAACAUUCAGGCCUUGUCUUCCCCAGAAACUCUUUACAGCCAAAAGUGAGUACAAGGAGUUUGGAUGAGCCUACAAGUAUCUUUACCACUUUUAAUCACAAUCUUUCCAGGCUCUCUGUCUCUCCUAACCCUCGCUCAGUCCAUCCCUCUCUCUCUCCCAUACCCUACUCUGUCCAUCUCACUGUCUCCCCAAAUCCUUACUCUGUCUAUCCUCUGUCUCUCCUAACCCUCGUUCUGUCCAUCUCUCUCUUUCCUAACCCUUGCAGUGUCCAUUCCUCUGUCUCUGCUGAACAUCCAAUACUUCCAACUCACAUUGUCUCUGAACUGACUGUCUGUCCCAGACUGUGUUAUUGUACACAGACAGUUCCAUCAUCUUUAAGCCAGUCAUGACAGGAUACUGAGAGCUCCGGCUUAGAUCCCCGAUUUUUCAAACCUCACCUGACAUUUCUCAUAGCUGCGAUCAUUCUGAAUGUCAUUAAGAUUUUGGAAAAUUUUGUGACAGGUGGAGUUUGUUUGAAAUAAGAGAAGAAAAUACUGCAGUCCUCAGUUAAUACUGUUUGAACUUAUUCAUGUAUUACACUAGGAGUCAAAAUCACAGCAUGGCACCUAAUUACUUUUCAGUUCUCAGCUGCAGUUUUAAUUUUAA